AUGGGAGGCGUUUUUUGCGAUGUUGCCAGGGACGGUAGGACUUUAUCUGUCGCAAACAUCGAUGGUUCGACUGUAUCUAUCUAUCCUUUGUCGUCGCAUGGCAUUAUUGGCGACGCUACUUUUGUCUUCAAGUACAAUCUCACCAAUCCAGGGCCAGGAACAAACGAGUCGCAGAUCCAGAGCAAUCCACAUGCUGCUGCUUUCGAUCCUACUGGAGAAUACAUGAUAGUACCGGACCGAGGCGCAGAUCAUGUCUACGUCUACCAUAUCGACGGACCAGAACGAGUAACUCAGAUUAACAACAUCACCCUCGAGCCAGGAACGGGACCUCGCCAUGUCACAUUCCGAAAGUUCAAUCGUACGCGAACAUUUAUGUAUCUUGUUAGCGAGCUGGAUAACACGGUCAGAGUAUUCGCUCUCGACGGCGUCAACAACGAUAGCCGUGGCCCUCCACAUUCGUCCUUGAGCAUCACCCUGGUCCAAAUUAUCUCAACCCUUGGCCCUGGCUCAAACCGCUCAGAGCCAAACAAUAUCAACCUGGCCGCGGAAGUGGCCCUCUCGAACGAUGGGAUGUUUGCUUAUGUGUCCAACCGUAAUACAGUAUCGUACAGCACAGACACACUGGCCAUCUAUUCAGUCCACCCGGAUGAGUUGGAGCAUCUGGUCUAUAUUGGGAGCACCCCAACCUACGGCAAAAUUCCAAGACAUUUCUCGCUUUCUCCCGAAAAUCGGUUUAUUGCAGUCGCCAACGAAGUAUCCAACAAUGUGAUUAUAUUAGAACGCAACCAAACAUCUGGACUUGUGAACUCAAUGGUCGGGAACGUGACCCUGGGUGAGUUUGAUGUUACACAAAACAAUGGACCGAUGGCUGUGGUUUGGGAUAGCAACUUCAAAAACUAUCUUUAA